AUGUCGGCAUAUACGGAGGAAGUUUUAAUUUCAAAACUUAACAAACUUGUUGACACGCAAGAAUCUAUUUCUUUGCUCUCACAGUGGUUUAUGUAUCAUCGGCGGCAUGUUGCGACUAGUGUGGAUAUAUGGAAUCGUGAACUUCGAAAGGCAUCAUCUGCACGGAAACUUUCAUUUAUAUACCUUUGUAAUGACGUUUGUCAAAAUAGCCGACGAAAAGGUUUAGAAUUUACUCAAGAAUUCAAAAAAGUUCUUCCAGAUGCCAUGGAACACACCUAUCGCCAUGCUACUGCUGAUGUUCAAGGUAUUAUAAGGCGUGUUGUCAACAUAUGGGAUGAAAGAGAAGUAUUUGACAAAGAUUUCCUAGACGAGUUGCGAAAGCGUUUCACAGGUCAAAAAACUCUUAAAUCAGAACAACGACUGAUACAAUCAGUACAUACCGCGCCAUCACAGCCAUGCCGCCCGGACAUUGCAAAGUUAAUGACUGCAACACAAUCUAUUUCAGAAUCAGAAUCAAUUGUGCAUGAAUAUGGAAAUAAAGUUGCGAAAAUUUGGUCUGAAGUAAUGGAAGCGGAAGAAAAACCGAGUCCAUCCAUACUUUCACAACAACUUGAUCAUCUUCUUCGCGUGCUUACUGAACAUCAAAAUCUUGUCUCGAAAAGUAUUACAAAUCGAACUCAACUAAUCAAUCAAAUGAAAGAGAUAAUAGCACAAGAAGAAAUGAGAUUAAGGCUAGAUAAUAAAAGCCUACUGGAUACUCAAUCUAAAAUCAAUGAAACUAAGGAAUGCAUAGAACAGUUAAAAUCAAUAAGUAUUUUUCGUUAUGAUGCGGUUGCUGAUAGAAAUAAAAAUAAACAUAAUGGUGAGUCUCGAUUUGAACAAAACGAAGUGGAUUCUCAAGGAAGUACUUCGUCUACCUACGAUCCUUCGAUUCAUUUGACUUUGCCGCCAUCAUCAUUUACCUCAGGAUCAAUGUUACCCUCAGAAACUCAAUUAUUUGGAGAUUCGUUUUCUCUUAUGAACGACCAAUUGCAGGUUCCUUAUCAAAGUACGUCCAUUUCUUCUUCUAUAUCGAAUUCACCGGCUCCUUCCAGCAAUAGUGAUGAGUACAGUGAUCCUUUAGUAUCUACGGACCAUAGAGGAUGA